AUGGGAGAUUAUUACGGGCAUGGUGGGGCGGAACCAGCUGCUCCAAAACAGAGACAGCAAAUGGCGGCACCACAAAAAAGCCUUGAUCAAGGCAAGAUUUUUGUGGGCGGUCUGAGCUGGGCCACAACGGAAGAAUCGCUUUCGUUUCAUUUUUCACAGUAUGGUCCUGUUGCUUCUGUUGACAUUAUGAGAGACCGUGUCACUGGAGAUCCUCGAGGUUUUGCUUUUGUUGUCUUUCGAGAGGGUAGUACAGUUGAUCUUGUCAUGAACGAAGCCAAGCAUGAAAUCAAUCAUAAAGUUGUCGAUGUUAAGCGGGCUCAGGCGCGGGGUGUCGCACCUCCUUCAAUUCACAAGAAAGAAGACGAGGAACGUCAAGAGGUUAGAAGCAACAAUAAUCGCCAAGAAGGGAACAGUGGGUCCUCACCCGAACAAAUGGGAAAUAAAGUCUUUGUGGGUGGUAUCCCGCCAAAUGUUGAUCGCGAUGGUCUUCGAAAAAUAUUUGAAGAAUUUGGAGUUGUGGUCGACGCCAUAGUAAUGAUGGAUCAAAACACCAAUCGAUCACGAUGCUUUGGCUUUGUCACUUUUGAAAACGGAUCGAAUGGAGCACAACGGGCUAUCGAAGCACAACCCCUGGACGUUCAAGGACGGCAUGUGGAAGUGAAAUUGGCUACACCCAAAGCUGACCAGCGACGGCAACCGCAAACAGCAGCCGGGUCGAAACAUGUUGGAUUGCGCGCUGGAAUUUCCGCCUCUUCCUCGUCUUCAGAGUAUGCCGGCUUGGCAGUGGCUUAUGGACGAAGUGGAUGGAAAGCGGGAUAUGGAUCCUAUGCAUUUGGAAAAGCUGGGUGGGGUGUUGCUGGAUGGGAAGAUUUUGGAGAAGUCCCAGAAAAGUGCGGUUUUUCAUUUUCGAUACUAAAGAACACAGAUGGUGCCCCACCAGCAAAGAGAGCACGGCAUUGA